AUGAAAAAAAAUCAAACUCACUUCGGCAAAGUUAAAAAGACUGCUGAGUAAAACAUGAACUGCUUUAUAGUCUCUUCAUGCUCAUACUUAAAGUGUAAGCAAAGCAUAGGUAAACAAGCUGCAAGUGAUAGCAAAUACGGCAAAAAGUUUAACAAAUAUUUGCAAAGAAUUUCUCAGGUCAUGGAUGGUACCUGUAAAAAAAUCUCUAACACUCCAGAAAACCUAUACAAAAUGGCAGCUGAGCUUAAUAACUUAGUUGAAUAGGUUGCCUUCGUUCUCAUUAAUGUCGAUUAGUUUGAGCUUGAGGACAGAAAGACCAUUCAAUCUAUUUUUACUGAGUUAAAUAACAACUUUCCUGACAUUAUAGAAGCUGCACUCUACCCAAGAAGAACUGAUAUAGUACAUAGCCUUAUUAGUAAAUACACUCAAGCUGGAAUGGCUGUAUUUAAAUUAAUUGAUUCUAUGUCUAAUAUCGAGACAAUCAAGAAAUUAUCUUAGCUUGUUACUACUGCUGAUUUUAACAUCUCUAGUGAUUCUUUCGAGACAUUCAAGGAAUUAUUUUUGUAAAAAAGAGAAGGAGAUGAAGGCUUUGUAAAGUUCUUACAUGAAAACUAGGAAGAAAUAUUAUAGGUUUUUGACUAUCUAGAAUAGGAUGAAAACUACUUUGCUAAAAGAGAAGGCCUAAAGACUCUUUAUCAACUAUUGAAGCUGCAUUAGAAAAUUAGGGAGUACUAUGUAGCAAGCAAAGAUAGACUGAAGAUCAUAAUGAAUACUGUCAUAAAUGAAAAUAAAGGAAUAUAGUAUGAGGCAUUUUUGUUGCUCUCUCUUUUCUUACUUGUAAAUCAGCAAGCAGAUAGUGAAUCAACAGUCAUAUUAAUUAAGAACAGAGAUAUGCUAUUUAAGUUUAUAGGAGAAUUCUAGCCUGAAAGAGGUAAUACUUAUAGUGUUGAAUUUAUACAUUUUAGAUGA